AUGGCGGAUCUUCGGACUCCUGCCCCUGAGCCAGCUACCGAGUUGGGACGUUACCGCGUUCUCUCUUCUACGGCUGGGAUUCGCGUGUCACCUCUCCAGCUCGGAGCCAUGUCUAUUGGCGAUGCAUGGACACAAGCAAUGGGUUCGAUGAGCAAGGAGGAGUCCUUCAAACUUCUCGACGCAUUCCAUGCAGCCGGCGGGAAUUUCAUCGAUACGGCAAAUGAUUACCAGAACGAGCAGUCGGAGACUUGGAUCGGGGAAUGGAUGGCCGAACGCAAGAACCGCGAUCAAUUGGUGAUUGCCACCAAAUUCAGCACGGACUUUGGGUCGUACAAGCUAGGCAAGGGAAAGGCCCCAAACCAUUGCGGCAACCAUAAGCGAAGCCUCCAUAUGAGUAUCCGGGAUUCAUUGAAGAAGCUGCAAACCGACUGGAUUGACCUCCUGUACGUCCACUGGUGGGAUCAAACCACGUCAAUUGAAGAGGUCAUGGACAGUCUUCAAGUCCUCGUGGAACAGGGCAAGGUGCUAUAUUUGGGUAUUUCGGAUACGCCGGCAUGGGUUGCGGCAGCGGCAAAUUCGUAUGCCCGAGCCCAUGGAAGGACACCCUUCAGCAUCUACCAGGGCAGAUGGAAUGUCCUGCUCCGUGAUUUUGAACGGGAUAUCAUCCCUAUGGCCCGCCAUUUUGGAAUGGCAAUUGCCCCCUGGGAUGCAAUGGGCGGUGGCAAAUUCAAAACGAAGGAAGAAAUUGAAAGUCGGAAGGCUCAGGGACAGCCUCUCCGUAGCCUAUUUAGCGGAGAUCAAACCGAAGAAGAAUCCGCAAUGAGUGAAGCACUUGGAAAGGUGGCGAAAGAGCAUGGAGGUAAACCCAUAACUGCGAUUGCCCUGGCAUAUGUGAUAGCGAAAGCCCCAAAUGUAUUCCCGCUUAUUGGCGGCCGCAAAGUUAAGCACCUCGAAGAGAACAUCCAGGCUCUCAAUAUACGGUUGACAACGGAGCAAAUCGAAUACCUUGAGAGCCAAAAACAGUUUGACGUUGGCUUCCCAGGCAACUUUAUCGGCCCAGAUCCCAAAGUGACCGGGAAACCGUCCCCUCUAUUGGCUUCAAACGCCCCGUAUGCGUUUGUGCGAUCAGCCAGGUCUAUUGCCAGCCCAGAAUAG